GACAGGAAUAGAGAUGGUUGGUUGAUUCUUUGAUUGCUUUCUUCUUUUCCCAAUUUUAACUUAUCUGUUCUUCGGCCAUUAUAUAUCACCAACAACUACCACUUUGAUUCUUCAAAUUCUCUUUCUUUUCAUAAAUUGUUUCACUGGUGCUAAUCUAGGAGUGAUGGGAUGGAUUCCCUGUUCCGGGAUUUCAAGAGCCAACAACUCAAAGAAGAAGAAGAAAUUGAUGAUCAUCAACGAGAAGUCACUUGAUCAGAUCAAACCCACUUCAGAGAACUUGGAGGGAAAUUCCGUUUUAAGUGUUAAAGAGGCUUCUAAACAUGGAGGGUCAAAUAACACCACAGCACGGACAUUUACAUUCCGCGAAUUGGCAACCGCAGCUAAUAAUUUUAGAGCAGAAUGUUUAUUGGGUGAGGGAGGUUUUGGAAGGGUCUACAAAGGGCAUUUAGAAAGCACUAAUCAGGUUGUAGCUAUCAAACAGCUUAAUCGUAAUGGUCUGCAAGGGAACAGGGAAUUUCUAGUUGAAGUUUUGAUGUUAAGUCUACUUCACCACCCUAACCUUGUUAAUCUAAUUGGUUAUUGUGCUGAUGGAGAUCAAAGGCUUCUGGUUUAUGAGUACAUGCCUCUAGGAUCUUUGGAAGACCAUUUACAUGAGAUUUCACCAGGUGUGAAACCACUUGAUUGGAACACAAGAAUGAAAAUAGCAGCAGGUGCAGCAAAGGGAUUGGAGUAUUUACAUGAUAAAGCUGAUCCCCCAGUUAUAUACCGAGAUUUAAAAUGCUCCAACAUUUUGCUUGGCAAGGGCUAUCAUCCUAAGCUAUCUGAUUUUGGCUUGGCUAAACUUGGACCUGUUGGAGAUAAUACCCACGUAUCCACUAGGAUCAUGGGCACCUAUGGAUACUGUGCUCCAGAAUAUGCAAUGACAGGUCAGCUGACCCUUAAAUCAGAUGUUUAUAGCUUUGGGGUGGUUCUUCUAGAAAUCAUUACCGGCAGGAGGGCAAUUGACAGUUCAAAAGCUACAGGGGAGCAGAAUCUUGUAGCAUGGGCAAGACCCUUGUUCAAAGACCGACAAAAGUUCUGCCAGAUAGCUGAUCCAAUGCUUCGAGGUCAAUAUCCUUCAAGGGGUUUAUACCAAGCUCUUGCUAUUGCAGCAAUGUGUGUUCAGGAGCAGCCUAAUAUGAGACCAGUUAUAACUGAUGUGGUCACAGCAUUGACUUACCUUGCUUCACAGAAAUAUGACCCAGAUGUACAGACGGUCCAAUCUCCUCGCUGGGUCCCUGGGACUCCUAGAACAAAGAGGACAGCAAAAGGUCAGUAGUGGCUGGAUCUGAGAAAGAUCAAACUAAGGGGAUUAAGAUUGUUACGCUGCUGAUUGCUGAUGGCUUAGAUUCCUUGUGCUUGAAAAGGAGAUACUGAUGCUUAGGCAGAUAGCGUACAAGUUAUAGCUUUCUAUUGAGUCUAUAUUGAUCACAAGAUCAGAGUUUUUUGCAUCAGCCACAUCCUAUUUGUGCCUUCACAUCAAAUUUUGUGUGUCAUUCCAGAGACAUGGUGUUUUCAUGUAUUGGCAGAUGUGUGUUAAACCAUAGUAGUUAGUUGUAAUCAUACACAUAUGCCCAGCAACCCAUGUAGCUUUCAAAUCCUUGUUCUUUACUAAUGCUGGGUGCGAGGCUUCAUAGUGCUGGAAGUUCUUUAGGGGAGAAAGGUAAAAAAGUGCUGGAAGUUGCAUAAUUCUUUUUAUUCAACCUGUGAAAGAGAUGCAACUCCACUGAGAUGCAAAUGGAUGUUUAAAUGGAUAUAUAGAUUACCGAGCUUGGAGGUUUUGAAUUC